AUGAAAAAGGAUCAGUUUGGUGUAUGGGAAUGUCGGGUACCCCCCAAAGGCUCCCAACCCGGUAUUGCACAUGGAAGCAAAGUCAAGAUCUCUAUGAUUGCACAAAGUGGAGAGCGUAUCGAAAGACUCCCGGCUUGGAUCAGACGAGUGACCCAGGACCUUUCAGUCUCUCCAGUCUAUGACGCAAUCUACUGGGACCCUCCUCAGAAGUAUCAGUGGAGAAAUAAAAGCCCACCACCAUUGGACUCUGUAAAAGUCUACGAAGCACAUGUCGGGAUCUCUACUUCUGAAGGUAGGGUAGGAACAUACAAAGAGUUUACUGCCAACGUUCUUCCCCGGAUCAAAGCUUUGGGCUACAACGUAGUCCAGAUGAUGGCUGUCAUGGAACACGCUUAUUAUGCCAGCUUUGGUUAUCAGAUUACUAACUUCUUCUGUGCUAGUAGUCGCUACGGAACCCCAGAGGAGCUUAUGGAACUAGUCGAUGUCGCCCAUGGAAUGGGCUUGACUGUCUUACUUGAUGUGGUCCAUUCACAUGCCUGUAAAAAUGUCCUGGAUGGCAUCAAUAUGUUUGACGGAACCGACCACUGUUAUUUCCAUGAAGGUCCCAAGGGGCGGCAUGAACUAUGGGACAGCCGUUUGUUCAACUACGGUCACCAUGAGGUACUACGAUUCUUGCUCUCCAAUCUCAGGUUCUUCAUGGAGCAGUUCAAGUUUGAUGGGUUCAGAUUUGAUGGCGUAACUAGCAUGUUGUACAACCAUCACGGAAUUGGAACCGGGUUCUCAGGUGGUUAUCAUGAGUACUUUGGGCCUGGUGUUGAUGAAGAGGGUGUCACGUAUCUGAUGCUAGCGAAUCAAUUAGUUCACAAGAUCAAUCCUCAUGCAAUCAGUAUUGCUGAGGAUGUUUCUGGCAUGCCUGGGCUCUGUCGACCGACAAUCGAAGGGGGACUUGGCUUUGACUAUCGUUUAUCGAUGGCAGUACCUGACAUGUGGAUCAAACUAUUGAAGGAAAAGAGGGACGAGGAGUGGGAUCUGGGAUCGAUUUGCUUCACCUUGACCAACCGAAGGUAUCGAGAAAAAUCAAUCUGCUACUGUGAAAGUCAUGAUCAAGCUCUCGUUGGGGACAAAACCUUGGCCUUCUGGUUGAUGGACAAGGAAAUGUAUACAAACAUGAGCGAUUUGACCCCAUUUACGCCAAUGAUCGAUCGAGGCCUGGCUUUGCACAAGAUGAUCAGACUUAUAACCCAUGCUCUUGGCGGUGAAGGAUAUCUGAAUUUCGAAGGGAAUGAGUUCGGACAUCCAGAGUGGCUGGAUUUCCCUCGAGAGGGAAACGGGAACUCCUUCCAUUACGCACGUCGACAAUGGAACGUGGUCGAUGACCCGUUGUUGCGCUACAAAUAUCUCAACAACUUUGAUGCUGCUAUGAACAACUUGGAGGCGAAGCACAAGUGGCUUUCCAGCCCGCACACCUAUGUUUCCCUCAAGCACGAAUCCGAUAGAGUGGUUGCAUUCGAACGAGGAAAACUGUUGUUUAUUUUCAACUUCCACCCGACCCAAUCCUAUACAGAUUACCGAAUCGGCGUCGAAUGGGAAGGUAAAUACGAGGUGGUACUCUGUAGUGAUGAAAAGGCACGCUUCGGAGGACACGAUCGAGUGGAUCUUCAGUCUGAAUACUUCACGACACAGAUGGAGUGGAACAACCGGAAGAACUACGUCCAGGUUUAUCUGCCCAGUCGAAUGGUAUUGGUCCUCGGAUUAAAGCCGUGA